AGAUACUUGGCAAUCGUGUACCCCUUACAACCUAGAAUGUCAAAAACUUCAUCAAUUAUCACUAUAACUUUUAUAUGGACAGCGAGCAUGAUGCUUGCGAUGCCUUGUCUUCUUUAUUCCAGAACUGUGACACAUCCCGCAAAGGACACAGAAACUACUGGGUGCAUCUUGGUAUGGCCUGAUGAAAAGCUGUAUGGUUCUGAAUACGAUUUAUGGUAUCAAAUGAUAUUCCUGCUGAUUACGUACAUCGUUCCCAUGAUCUUGAUGUCAAUUUGUUACACUAUAAUGGGUUCAGUGCUCUGGGGAUCCAGAUCGAUCGGUGAAAAAACCCAACGUCAAAUUGAGGCAGUAAAAUCGAAACGAAGGGUUGUUAAAAUGUUCAUCUCCGUGGUUAUGAUAUUUGGAGUUUGCUGGUUGCCAUACCACGGUUACUUCAUUUACGUGUACUUCGAUACAAAUAUUUUGUUCUAUAAAUAUACACAACAUGUUUAUCUAGGAUUUUAUUGGUUUGCUAUGUCAAAUGCAAUGGUCAAUCCAAUCAUUUAUUAUUGGAUGAAUGCUAGGUUUCGAAAAUACUUCAAAUUUGCAGUCUGCGUUUGGAUAACGUGUAAAGUACGGAGAAAAAGUACUGAAAACUCUUCCCCAUUCAAUGGGAGACAUUUUAAUUCCAUGUCCAAAUCAGGUGGUAAUGGAACAAUCAAAGUCCGAGUUACAAGCCCCAGAGACAAAGAACCAGGAUAUCACAACGGAAAUCCGCUACAGGAAUACUCUACUGCAAAUAGAUCCAACAAUGCUGACACAGAGAGUUUGAAAAGCAGGAAAUGGUCCAACAGGUCGAGGAAGAAAAUUAAAACGACAACAGAAUUGUAACGAACGAGUCGGGGUGACUCAAAUAUACAAAAAUGUUGUGAUAUUUUUACUAGUCAAGAAAUUGAAUAUAUUAUCAAUAUAUAUUUGUUCUUGUUACUUUCGUUUGAUAAGGAUGU